GCUUCAAGCUAAAGCCCCAGAGCCGGUCUUGGCCGCUACAGAUGCGAAGAGGACUGGAGCUGAGAAAAGCUGCAUCUGCGGCAACAUCCCUACAGAAGCUACGUGCCUCUCGGCUGCGACCCAGCUCGUGGUUCACGCCAGCCACUCCCCUCCCCCCCCUCACCUGGUGCUCACCUGGUGGAGGCCAGGGACCUGGCAAGCUCAAGGAGGGCGGGUGCUCUGGGCCCUUGGGAGCCGCGAAGUGUGAGCACCAUGGGGCCGCCGCUCUCGACCCAGGUCUCCUACCGCGGUGCUUGUAGCGCUUCUCCGCUGCUGGCGUGGUGCUUCCUGCUGGCCCUGAGUUCGCACGCCCCCGGCUCCCGGGGGGCCGAGGCAGUGUGGACUGCUUACCUCAACGUGUCUUGGCGGGUUCCGCACACCGGAGUGAACCGCACCGUGUGGGAGCUGAGCGAAGAGGGCGUGUAUGGACAAGACUCGCCUCUUGAGCCGGUGGCUGGGGUCCUGGUACCUCCCGACGGCCCCGGGGCACUCAACGCCUGCAACCCGCAGACGAAUUUCACGGUGCCCACGGUCCCGGGGGACUGGGGAAGCACCGUUCAAGUGUCUUGGUUGGCCCUCAUCCAGCGCGGCGGGGGCUGCACCUUUGCAGACAAAAUCCAUCUGGCUUACGAGAGAGGGGCGUCUGGAGCUGUCAUCUUUAACUACCCAGGGACCCGCAAUGAGGUCAUCCCCAUGUCUCACCCGGGUGCAGGAGACAUUGUUGCAAUCAUGAUUGGCAAUCUGAAAGGCACGAAAAUUCUACAGUCUAUUCAAAAAGGCAUACAAGUCACAAUGGUCAUCGAAGUAGGGAAAAAGCAUGGCCCUUGGGUGAAUCACUAUUCAAUUUUCUUCGUUUCUGUAUCUUUUUUUAUAAUUACGGCAGCAACUGUGGGCUAUUUUAUCUUUUAUUCUGCUCGAAGAUUACGAAAUGCAAGAGCUCAAAGUAGAAAACAGAGACAAUUAAAGGCAGAUGCUAAAAAAGCUAUUGGAAGACUUCUGCUGCGCACAUUGAAACAAGGAGAUAAGGAAAUUGGCCCUGAUGGAGAUAGUUGUGCUGUGUGUAUUGAACUAUAUAAACCAAAUGAUUUAGUGCGAAUCUUAACCUGCAAUCAUAUUUUCCAUAAGACAUGUGUUGACCCAUGGCUGUUAGAACACAGGACUUGCCCCAUGUGCAAAUGUGACAUACUCAAAGCUUUGGGAAUUGAGGUGGAUGUUGAAGAUGGAUCAGUGUCUUUACAAGCUCCUGUAUCCAAUGAAACAUCUACUAGUGCCUCGCCUCAGGAAGAAGAUAAUCGCAGUGAGACUGCUUCAUCUGGGUAUGCUUCAGUACAGGGAGCAGAUGAACCACCUCUGGAAGAACAUGUACAGUCAGCAAAUGAAAAUCUCCAGCUGGUAAACCAUGAAGCGAGUUCCAUGGCAGUGGAUGUUGUCCCUCAUAUUGACAACCCAACUUUUGAAGAAGAUGAAACUCCUAAUCAAGAGACUACUGCUCGAGAAAUUAAAUCAUAAAAUCUGUGUCAAUAGAAAACUUGAACCUUUAGUAAUAACAGAACUGCCAAUCAGGCCUAGUUUACUAUUAAUGAAGUGGAUAAGUUUAAUAAGAUAGGAAUGACACUGAAAGUGCUGAUAUGAAUAAUAUUAUGCUAUAAUUAAAUGAUUUACAAUAUUUAAUCUAUCAAUCUUUUUCCAUUAUAAUGUUUUUCAUAGGCAAAUUUCCUCUCAAUAGUGAUAGCGAAAACAUUUUUAAACAUUCAGAACUCUCUUAAAGUAGUCAUGUUUUUCAUUAAUAACAAUUUUCUUAUGAAACCGUGUUGCUUUUAAAAUGUGAAGUAGCUGUAAUCACUUUAUUUUAUGAUAGUAUCUUAAUUAACAGUACUACUACUUUAGCUUGGGCUAUAUGUGUCAGGGUUUUUCUCCAGGUGCUUAUACUUAUCUGGAAUUGUAAUGUACAAAGCAAUGCAAACUUAGGCUAGUACUUCAUGAAAUGUCUAUUUAAGCUAGAUUAAGUUGAUAGAACAAGACUAAAGCAAAAUAUUCAUUUUAACCAUUUCUUGUUUUUUAAAAAUAGGCUAAAUGUACUUCAUGUGUUUGUCAAGCAUAGUUUAUCAGAGAAUAUGGGCUGAAUUCAUUGGCAACACCAAUUUGACAAAAGAUUAUAAACAAAAAAAAGCUUUGUAUCUAUUUCUCAAAUUCGUGAGAUUUUCAAAACUACAUCAUGUAUGUAAAUUAUGAUACUAUUUGCAAAUGAUGGGGGUAAGUCACAAAAAUUGAUCGUUGGUCUUUAGGAAUUCAUCUACAGAAGUUAGUCUGUAGAAAAUAUUUUCCAAAUAAUGUUGACUCUGAAAAUUGAGUUUACAAUUUAUCUUAAUGGGGUAAAAUUAUUUUAGAAAAACUAAAAUUCUGUCCAUGUAGGUAUAAAUUUUGUGAAUGCAUUUUCUUGGUGUUUGAAAAAGAAUUGAAGGGUGGGGGGAGAAUUCCAGGUGCCUUAAUAUAAAGUUUGAAGCUUCAUCCACCAAAGUUAAAUAGAGCUAUUUUAAAAUGCACUUUAUUUGUAUUCUGUGUGGCUUAUCUUUUAUUUUAGAAUUGUGUUUGCAGUAUAAAUUCCAGCAGAAUUUAGGCAAAACAGAAUAGACAUGUAUUUUUGUUUGCUGAAUGUAAAAUGGAUGAAACCAUUGCAUUCUUGUACACUGAUUUGAAAUGCUGUAAAUAUGUACCAAUUUCUAUUGAUUCUCUUUAAAUAUAAAAUGUAAAUAAAAUAUUCCA